CUAAAAAAAAAAAACAGGACAGCGAUGCACUGCUGAUUAUCUCACAUCGAUUGUUCCGCCUGCAACGAUGGCACUCUGCAAUUGAUUACUGACGCCUUUCUGGCUCCCCUGAAAACAUGGCGGCGCCCACUGUCGAAACGCAAAUCGUUCCAGCAAAAAAACGAACCGUACGAGGACCACGGCGGGUGGCCAAUCAAAUUCCUGAUGAAAUCCUGCAAGACCCAGAGUUACAGGAGGCUAUCCACGCUCUGCCUGCAAAUUACAACUUUGAGAUCCACAAGACAGUCUGGCGGGUGAGACAGGCCAUGUCUAAGAGAGUGGCCCUGCAGCUACCGGAGGGCCUGCAGAUGUUUGCCUGUGUCAUCGCUGACAUCAUCGAGAGGUUCACAGAGGCAGACACCAUUGUGAUGGGUGAUGUGACGUACGGAGCCUGCUGCGUGGACGACUUCACGGCCCGCGCCCUGGGGGCAGACUUCAUGGUGCACUACGGCCACAGCUGCCUCAUCCCUAUAGACUCCACAGCAGGCAUUAAGAUGCUGUACGUGUUUGUUGAUAUCCAGAUGGACAACGCACACUUUCUGGACACGGUCAAGUUCAACUUCCCCCCUGGACACUCUCUGGCACUCGUCAGCACUAUCCAGUUUGUGGCUGCACUGCAGGCGGUGAGUGCAGCUCUGAGGCCAGAGUAUGAGGUGGUGGUUCCCCAGUGUCGUCCCCUGUCCCCUGGAGAGAUCCUAGGGUGCACCUCCCCCCGCCUCGACCGAAAAGUCAACGCCAUCGUCUACCUGGGAGAUGGCAGGUUCCAUCUGGAGUCGAUCAUGAUUGCAAAUCCAGAGAUACCUGCCUACAGGUACGACCCGUACAGUAAGAUAUUUUCCAGGGAGUACUAUGACCAUGAAGCCAUGCGGUCCAUCCGGCUCCAGGCCAUCGACAAAGCUCGCUCUGCCCAGAGAUGGGGCCUGAUCCUGGGCACGCUGGGCCGGCAGGGCAACCCUAAGGUCAUGGAGCACCUGGAAUCCAAGCUUGAGUCUCUAGGCAAGUCCUUCACUCGAGUGCUGCUGUCUGAGAUUUUCCCCAGCAAGCUGGACCUGAUGGCAGAAGUGGAUGCGCAGCUGUGGCUCUGCAGCAGGUGGACUGGCAGGAGGUGUACCCCAUGGACUUCUACUCAAAUCAGAGCCUGGGGCCCUGGGCGCCCAACCACCCCGACAACCAACCAGCCCGGCCCGCCCGCAAACAGAUACAGAAGACUGGCUCACAGCCAGCCCCUCUCUCCGCUCCCUCACAGCAGUCUAAACAGUGUGGACAGAACCAGUGCGCUCCUUGUGGCUGUCAGGGAGAAUGACACAUACACCACCACCAGUGCUGGCUGCCAACCAGCUCUUAUCAUGGCGAUCGGUUGGAGCCAGGCCAGCCUAGAGGGGAGUGAGUCUAUCUACCACCCACAGGAGGGCUUUCACUCUGAGCCCUGCUCAACACCUCACCUCCCCCAGGAGACAGAGAACCAGAGACACUUCACCUCAGAUACUACUCCGUUGUUGUCCUGACGGGAUGGACUAUACUGCAUCUAAGGGUUGUUACCUUGUAAAGUGUGUAUGUGUUGAGUACAGAGAAACUGAGGCACGGUAUGUCUGUGUAUGAAGAGAGUGAAUAUGUGCAGGAAUGUGUGUGAGUGGGUGUGCAUUCAUGUAUAUUUUUCUGUGAAAGAGAGAGGGGGGAGAAUGAUAUAAGUUGGUGUGUGGGGGUAAUAAAGAGAGAGGAAUACAGAAGGAUGGCCCUGAGUUGAUUGUGUUCAAUGCCAGGGGAUGUGGGUGGCUUUGAUUAAAUAAAAGCCACUUAUCCCUGGAACCGAAGGAAGCUGCCAACCACUUUACACUGUUAACCCACAGACUAUAUUAAAGAAGAUAAUUCAUAUGGUCAAAAGAUGA